ACUUGUAUUCAUUCAAAGUCCCUUACCUGCAAAGUUGUGAAUUUUAGAGAAUCUAUUAGAGAGAAGAACCCAAGCAAACCAAUAAAAAAAUAUACAGAAACAAUUAAAGGAAGAAAGGAACAAAAUUUCAAGUUAAAAAAACUGAGCUUUGUCCUUUCAUAUUUGAAGCUCUUGGGAGUCGUUUUCUGCUACUGGUCUCUUGGAUUUGCCUCAAGCUUCCUCUUUUCCAUAUGGGGUUUAUCUCUUUUGAUAAGUAACUGGGAAUUUAGAUUGAAGGUUUUCAAAAUAUGCCUUUUAAAAGAAAAGGAGAUCAGUAUUCUGCAAGUUUUGUAUCCAAGAAAUGGAGUUUUCUUCUUUGUUUGGGUUGCUUCUAUGCUGGAAUGCUCUUCACCAAUAGGGUGGGGACUGUUCCUCAAUCUAAAGGUAUCAUGAGGAAAACUGCAAUGGAAGCUGAAAACCUUACACUAAUUUCAGAGGGUUGUAAUCUAAAAGCGAAAGAAGAAAAGCAUGUAUCCAAGGACAUCAUUGAGGAGGUUUUUAAGACUCACCAUGCUAUACACACAUUGGAUAAGACUAUUUCGAACUUAGAGAUGGAAUUAGCUGCUGCUAGGGCAGCACAAGAGUCCUUACUUGGUGGUUCACUGUUAUCCACGGAUGUUAAUAGAGCCGAAUCAUCUAGGAAAAGAAGGUAUCUGAUGGUUAUAGGAAUUAAUACCGCUUUUAGCAGCCGGAAAAGAAGAGAUUCGGUCCGUGCUACAUGGAUACCACAAGGUGAAAAGCGGAAGAAAUUGGAGGAUGAAAAGGGCAUUAUUGUUCGCUUUGUUAUUGGGCAUAGUGCCAUGACGGGUGGUAUUUUGGACCGAGCAAUCGAAGCUGAGAAUCAGAAGCACGGAGACUUCUUGAGACUGCAGGACCAUGUUGAAGGGUAUCUUGAGUUGUCUGCAAAAACUAAGAUAUACUUUGCCACUGCUGUCGCUUUAUGGGAUGCAGAUUUUUUUGUCAAAGUCGAUGAUGAUGUCCAUGUAAAUAUAGCGACACUCUGUGAAACUCUAGUUAGACAUCGAAAGAAACCACGUGUAUACAUAGGGUGCAUGAAAUCUGGCCCCGUCCUCUCUAAAAAGGGAGUGAGAUACCAUGAACCUGAACACUGGAAAUUUGGUGCAGGAAAUAAAUAUUUCCGGCAUGCUACUGGACAGUUGUAUGCCAUUUCGAAAGAUUUGGCCUCGUAUAUAUCGAUAAAUCAGCAUGUUUUACACAAGUAUGCUAAUGAGGAUGUUUCACUUGGUUCAUGGUUUAUUGGACUUGAUGUUGAGCAUAUUGAUGAUCGGAGAUUAUGUUGUGGCACACCACCUGAUUGUGAAUGGAAGGCUCAAGCUGGCAAUGCCUGUGUUGCUUCCUUCGAUUGGAGCUGCAGUGGAAUUUGCAAGUCUGCCGAUCGGAUGAAAGAGGUUCACCGGCGGUGCGGGGAAGGAGAGAAUGCUUUGUGGAGUGCUACUUUCUAAUGCAAGCAAGCAUCCUGUUUUCUUCCAACCUCAGGAGGAUGGUAAAGCAAUGAUGAUGAGCACACUGAAAUACCAAAAUCUUUUUGUUCUGUAGUCUAACGAGUAAAGAAAACAUUAUAUGAGACCAAGGAUAGUGAAACAUCCUUGAUAAUGGGGGGGACCUUUAAAAUAUAAGGAAAGUGCCACCACAGCAGCCCUACAAGGAAGAGGCUGAUGGAUGCCACCACCCAUUCUUUAAGGCUUUGAAGGCCAAUUUGUAAGUUACAGUUCCAUAAAUCUCAUCACAAAUACAAAAUAUUUUUGGUUCC